AUGUUGCAAGGACGGUCGGAGUUGGCCGACGAUGUGGCUGCGCGGAGCCUAAGCGAGAUCUCGGAGGUUGACGCCGUAAGAAUCGGAGCUGAUAUUGUGUCCGCAGCGAGACGCCUCAUCGCUCUAUUGAGAUCCGUCGGGGACUGUCAAUGGCUGCAUCACCCUCCUGUCAUUUCCGAAGCUAUCAGAAGGUACGAUGAGCUGUGGAUGCCGUUGAUUUCUGAUCUAACGGUUGGUUCGAAGCCUCCCAUAAUCCUGCCUCCUCUCGAUGUUGAAUGGGUUUGGUUUUGUCAUUCCUUGAACCCAGUAAGUUACAGAGAUUACUGUCAAACGAGAUUCUCAAAACUUAUAGGGAAACCUGCGAUUUACGAUCAGGAGAAUGAGGAUUAUGCGGUUUUACAAUGCGAGAAAAUCUGGGUUACAAGAUACCCAGAGGAGAGUUUUGAAAACAGUUGUGAUCCAGAUUCCUCUCAGAUUGUUUCAGUUGAUGAAGAUAUUAAAAUUGAAGUAAAGAAACAGAGUUUUCUCUGGGACAAGUUUUCAGCACCUUACAUGUCUGAGACCGUUUACUUGAUCGCUGCUCGGUUACGGUACAAAGGGUUCUUGCUUAUACUAGACAAGUUCAAGGACGAGUUUUCUCGUCUUCUUCCAGCUUCUGAUAUACUCCUCAUGUGGCUCACACAUCAGAGCUACCCAACGGUGUAUGCAGACGACGUUGAUGAAAUGUUGGAAGAGAUCAUGAGGAAAGUUGUACGGACUGGAGAAACAGUAGAGAAAACACAAGUGGAGACAACUAAAGAGCUUUGGAAUAGAUACUUCAAUCAACCAUACGAGAAAGCAGGCGGGGAAUUGACUGUAAUUGCGAAUGAGUCUCGUCUCAGCGACAACACCGUGUUUUAUUGGCCGGUCUCUGACGUAGAUGUUAACACCGCGUAUAAGUCCAUUCGACCCAGAUUUGUCUUGGAAUUAUGUAUAUUUAUAAGGCUGAAUCCAAAGGCAGAGCCAAUUGAGUUGAUCCGUCGGAGUUUUCUUCGUUUGAGAGUUGCUAGAUGUCAUCGGAAGCUUCAACUCGAUAAGAAACUGAGUGAUUUGUCCCACGAUGCGUCGUGGCAGAAGGGGUGGCAUCUUUACUGUGAGUUUGGAACACAAGGGGUAGUAUUGGAGUCACAUUGUGAUCGUCGUCAUGGGAUUUGCUUCAGAAGCGGAAAACCGGAAGGGAUGAUAGCGUUUUCGUGGAAUGAUCUGCUAAGAGCGCAUUCUCUAGCGUCUGGUAGGUUUCUCGGUAAACAAGUGAGUGUGUUUGCGUCGGUUACUCCGCCGGUUCAAGCGCCCUACUUGCUGAGAUUUGUACCGGAUCGAGUUACUGAUGAUUCAGGUGCUAUGGUAUCUGAUUCGAUUCAAAGAACAAACAACUUCCGGCCUCAACAAGGAAGAUGGCUUACCCGAACCGUUCUUGAUCAUGCUGGACGGGAAUGCUUUGUUAUUCGCAUCCGAGUUGGGAAGGGGAUGUUUAAACGUGGAGGUGAAGUUCCAUCCCCGGUGAAAUCAGAGGAGCGGAUAACAGAGAUUCGAGUAGGUUCUUGGUCUUAUGUCGAGGGUUCAAUCGGUAAAGCUCCAGCGAAGGUGGUUGGAACCGUAAUGCCUAAACAACCAGUGGCGGAUUGGGAAGCCGUUUGGGAAUUUUCGACUGGAGAGGAAUUGCUCAUUCGGUGGGACUCAUCAGGAUCUAUCUUGGAACUCGGUUUAAAUUCAAGAAACACCGGUUCGCUAGUUAGGUUAUUAACUGGACGGAGAAUGCAGUAUAAAGGAGACAAUGAAGAAGAAGAAGACGAGGAUGGUUUUGUAACAGUGGUUAGAUCGACGGAAGAAGAUCCAACAGGAAAAGCCACCGCUCUGAUCGACUGGAAGCAUCAAGCCGUGGAGUUUUUGCCUGAGGAAGACGCGGUAUUCGUCUUGCUAUUGUCGGUAUCAAUUAUAAGGAGCGUAACUCAGAAAAGAAGAGACGACGUUGGUAAAUUGUUGGUACGAAAGAGGAUAACCGAAGCUACCGGUGAACGGGAUUGGGGAUCAGUUAUUGUAGAUGCUUCAUCAUCAAAUGUAUCUUCUCCUUACGUAGAACCGUGGUACCGAAACGCCGGUAAGGUUAUGGCAGUGGAGGAGAGAGCAGAGGUUGCUAGAUAUCCAUAUCCAGUUCGGAGCUAUUCUAAUGUUGAUGGUGGCGAUAAUUUGUACAAACACGUAAUAUUUGGAUGA